AGUUACCGUAACUCAUUCAGUAAAAUUUCACUUUUAAUCAUUCAUUCAAUCUCAGGUUCUUAUCAUUGAAUAGGACCUUAUUAUUCUUUUGGAAAAUAAUGUUUCUAUGAAUUUCAUUUAUUAUUACUUUCUGCUUAAAAAAAAUGGUGACUAUAAUAAAAAACCAGUUAUUAAAACAUCUAUCCAGGUUCACAAAAAACUUAUCACCGGAGCAAAUCUCACUAUCGGCACUUCGAGGUUCCGGUGAACUCCAAGACUUGACCCUCGAUGAAGAUUUACUUACUGAUCUCCUAGAACUACCAGGAUGGCUGCGGCUCACAUCUGCUAAAUGCAAUCGAGCAUCUUUCAGAAUACAAUGGACCAAACUGAAGACUGUGCCCAUUGUACUGAAUCUAGACGAAGUCCAUAUAGCUUUGGAGGUAUGUUCAGAACCUCGGGUUAUGAAUCCGAGUGCGGCCGGUGCUUUACCUGUUCCAGGAAAAUAUAGUUAUAUACACAAGGUGAUAGACGGAAUCUCAGUGGCUGUGAAUCAUGUACAAAUAGACUUCAACUGUGAUGCGUUCACCAGUAGUGUUCAAAUUUCAAGGGUGACCGUUGAGUCACGCACUCCAGACGGUCGGAAAGGGGAUCUAAGACUGACUAGAAUCAAAUGUACUGAUACGGGACAACUACUUAUUUUUAAGGAGCUGGAAUGGCAGAGCGCUCGCAUAGAAGCCAAAGCCCACGGCGCGGCUUCGGCUAAUUUACCUCCCUUGCGACUCUUGUUAGGGAAUACACACUGUCGUAUUGUUAUAAAGAAGAGGCUAUCAGAUUGUGCGGUGAUAGCAUCCCGACUGGCCAUCUGCCCGGAGCCCGUGGCGUGGGCGCUCACAGACGGGCAGCUCCGCGCCGCGCUGGCCUGCGCCGCCGCCCUCGCGCAGCCCGUGCGCCGGGCCACCGCCGCCGCCACCAGGGCUAAGGCGCUUAGGAAGGCAAGUUCACAUCUACUAAUAUAAAGCUCAUGGCCCACC